AUGCACGCCGUCGCCGCAUCCAUCGCGUCGUUCGCGCCCGUCGCCACAUCCACCGCGCGCGCUCCCCGGCGAAAAUCCACCGGCGUCGCCGCGGCGCGUCCGACCAUGCCGCCCCCCGCGGAUAAGAAGAGGAACGUCGCGUCCGUCGGAGUGGCGCUCGUCGCCGCGGUGUCGCUCAACCUCGCGCCCGCGCCCGCGCUGGCCAACGUGAAGUACGCCAACGACUGCGAUCCCAUCUGUCACGUCCUGGACGACGGCGCGGCGAAGAGCGCCAAGAUGGAGGAGGACAUGAAGAAGGGAGGGGCCGACAUGGGAUCGGCGCUCGAGCGUCUCAUGGCGGAGCGGAAAGCCGAGGAAGCCGCCGCCAAGGGCGCCAAGAAGUGA